UGUGUUUGUGAACCGAUUGCCAACGAAAUACAUUUCAUCAUCACUUCAGUCAACGAUUCAAAUCCAGUGAACAUUGGCUCACAUUUGUGGACAUCAUGUAUGACAACGGCUUGACAGCUGUGGUGAUGUCUGGAGGGAAGGGCUCGCGGAUCACUGAACUCACCACCACUUGCGCCAAAUGUCUGCUCCCCGUCGCCAACAAACCACUCAUCUAUUAUCCAUUGGAUGCCCUCCAGAAGGCUAACUUCACCGAUGUUAUUGUCAUCGUUUCCGACACUGAAGAGGAAGCGGUCGGCAAAGCGUUGAAUGAACUGAAACUCGAUAUUCGUAUCGAUUUGGUGUCCAUUCCUUACAAUCGCGACUUCGGAACCGCUGAUAGUCUUCGGCUCAUCAAAGAUAGGAUCAAAAACGACAUAUUAGUGAUCAGUUGUGACACAAUCACCGACUUUCCCCUCAAGAGACUGAUAGACUGGUAUCGGAUCCAUAAUCCGACUCUUUUAGCACUGAUUUCUUCGAUUCCGUAUAACAACGAGAAUGUAAUCCCCGGCCGAAAGGGACGCGAAAAGAAUGAGAAAGACUUGAUUGGAAUCGAUGCCAAUAAUGGCGAUCGACUCGUGUUUCUUAGCUCUGAAGCAGAUUUCGAUGAAAGCGUUUCUUUCAGUCUAUCGAUGCUUAAGAAAUGUCCGCAAAUGACUAUCAAAAGCAAUCUAAUGGACGCUCACAUCUAUAUCCUCAAGAAGUGGACGCUUCGAUACUUACAAGAAAACAGCAAAAUAUCUUCACUAAAGGGCGAGUUUUUUCCAUCACUUGUGAGGAAACAGUUCCGAAAGGAAUGGACGGCAACGGUAGACAAGACGUCUAAGAACGCGGCCUCAAUCAUAUCCAUGUCAGGCGUCCCGCACCGGCACGUGUUUGACUUUAUAGAGACCGGUGAUAUAGAGUUGGGUCUCCAGCGCCUGGAGCCUAAUAAUGCUAGCGAUGAGUUGAAUGUGGAGUCUUUGAAGAAUCAGAUGCCCAACAGUUAUCCCGAAAGCAAAAUCAAAUGUUUCGCCUAUCGUUUGAAUGACGGGUAUUGCGUUCGGGUCAACACUCUGUCGGGUUAUUGUGAGGCCAACCGACUGAUGCUGAGACUAAUGAGUACUUCCGAUCGCAAACCUGUCAAAAGCCAAAACUCAAUUACAAGCAAAUCACUGGUGGACGCCAUCACCGGUAAUGGUCUGACAGUUGGCGAGAAGUGUUCCAUCAAACGGUCCAUAAUUGGCAAUAACUGCACGAUUGGAGACAAAGUAAAACUCAUGAAUACUAUAGUUAUGGAUAACGUGAAAGUGGAAGAAGGCUCUAAUAUUCAGGGAAGUAUUAUCUGCUCUCAGGCUAACAUCGGAACCAAUUCUGAAAUCAAAGACUGUAUUAUUGCUUCCGCACAGAACAUCCAUUCAUUAGCAAAAUUGACUAAUGAAGUGAUUUUAGACGUCAAUCAGAUGAUGGAAUGCGACCUUUCGAUGACUUCUUACCAAUGAUAAUGACCUCACGUUAUAGUGAAUUAAACAUGUUCAAAUAAUUUUUUAAAUUUAAAUUAUAACAGGGUUUUUAUUACCGUAAUCAUUACAAUCAAUUGGAAAAUAAAAUAAAGUAAUAAUUUUCAUUAAUAACA